UUCCUCGGCCGCAGCCUCGAAGCUCGCGCCGUCCAAAGCCACACCGAGCCCGUUAGGUCCCUGAACCUAAGGAACCCCCAAGACAAGAGGCUGGAAAGAUUCGUGGGCCAAAGCGGGCGGUGCGCCAAGCCUGCUCGGGACCCCAGCUCCGUGUCCUAGGCUGUGCGCGCCCCCAACGCCCGCUCCAAUCUCAGGCGUUCUUUGUUCCUUUCUCCGCGCCUCCCAAGCCUCGGGAUCCCCCCCUCUUCCUGCCCCUUUGCCCGCGGGUCUCCCCACCCACCAGCCCCGAGCAGAACACUGGCCUGCAGCGGAGCGCCCCUCCCACCCGCCCGCCUCCUCCCAGGCCUCUGUGGCCCAGUGCCUGGGGACCCCUCCGGUCUGGUCCUGGGCAGGGUUCCCUACCACCGCGCGACCCCGCCUUUUUCAGCACCCACUGGGAGCAGCGCUCAGGCCAACAUCAGGAAAGCCCCCGAAAGUCCCAGCCCACCCAAAAAGUAACGGGAAGGUGCCCAGUCCCGGGCUGCAGAGGGGCGGAGAGGAAGGCUCGAGGGCGCCCCCGCCCCAACCCCCGCCCACCCUUCCCGCAUCUCGUCGGGUCCCCAUUGGCUGGCGCUCUCCGCGGCUGGGAUGGCAGUGGGAGGGGACCCUCUUUCCUAACCGGGUUAUAAAAACUGCGCCCUCGGCCCGGUCCGGUCCUCUGCCACUCUCGCUCCGGGAUCCCCCGCGCCAGAGACGCAGCAGCGCUCCCACCGCCCACACCCACCGCGCCCUCGCUCGCCUGUCCUCCCCGAGCCAGUCCGCGCCGCCGCAGCCGCCCAGCCCACCGCCACCGUCUCAGCCAUGUCCACCAGGUCUGUGUCCUCGUCCUCCUACCGCAGGAUGUUCGGCGGCCCCGGCACCGGGAGCCGGCCGAGCUCCAGCCGGAGCUACGUGACCACGUCCACCCGCACCUACACCCUGGGCAGCGCGUUGCGCCCCAGCACCAGCCGCAGCCUCUACGCCUCGUCCCCGGGCGGCUCGUACGCCACGCGCUCCUCGGCGGUGCGCCUGCGGAGCAGUGUGCCCGGUGUGCGUCUGCUGCAGGACUCGGUGGACUUCUCGCUGGCCGAUGCCAUCAACACCGAGUUCAAGAACACCCGCACCAACGAGAAGGUGGAGCUGCAGGAGCUGAACGACCGCUUCGCCAACUACAUCGACAAGGUGCGCUUCCUGGAGCAGCAGAACAAGAUCCUGCUGGCCGAGCUCGAGCAGCUCAAGGGCCAGGGCAAGUCGCGCCUGGGGGACCUCUACGAGGAGGAGAUGCGGGAGCUGCGCCGUCAGGUGGACCAGCUCACCAACGACAAGGCCCGCGUCGAGGUGGAGCGCGACAACCUGGCCGAGGACAUCAUGCGGCUCCGGGAGAAGUUGCAGGAGGAGAUGCUUCAGAGAGAGGAAGCCGAGAGCACCCUGCAAUCUUUCAGACAGGAUGUUGACAACGCUUCUUUGGCACGUCUUGACCUUGAGCGCAAAGUGGAAUCCUUGCAGGAAGAGAUUGCCUUUUUGAAGAAACUACAUGAUGAGGAAAUCCAGGAGCUACAGGCUCAGAUCCAGGACCAGCACGUCCAAAUCGACGUGGAUGUUUCCAAGCCUGACCUCACCGCCGCCCUGCGAGAUGUACGCCAGCAAUAUGAAAGCGUGGCUGCCAAGAACCUUCAGGAGGCCGAAGAAUGGUACAAGUCCAAGUUUGCUGACCUCUCUGAGGCUGCUAACCGGAACAAUGAUGCCCUGCGCCAGGCGAAGCAGGAAUCAAAUGAGUACCGGAGACAGGUCCAGUCCCUCACCUGCGAAGUGGACGCCCUCAAAGGGACUAACGAGUCUCUGGAACGCCAGAUGCGUGAAAUGGAAGAGAACUUUGCCGUCGAAGCUGCUAACUACCAAGACACUAUUGGCCGCCUGCAGGAUGAGAUUCAGAACAUGAAGGAGGAAAUGGCUCGUCACCUUCGCGAAUACCAAGACCUGCUGAAUGUUAAGAUGGCUCUUGACAUUGAGAUCGCCACCUACAGGAAGCUGCUGGAAGGCGAGGAGAGCAGGAUUGCUCUGCCUCUUCCCAACUUUUCUUCCCUGAACCUGAGGGAAACCAAUCUGGAUUCACUUCCUCUGGUUGACACUCACUCAAAAAGAACACUUCUGAUUAAGACGGUCGAAACCAGAGAUGGACAGGUUAUCAAUGAAACUUCUCAGCAUCACGAUGACCUUGAGUGAAGAUUGCACAGACUCGGUGCAGCAAUAUAUUACCAGCAAGAAUAAAAUAAAAAAAAAAGAAAUCCAUAUCUUAAAGAAACAGCUUUCAAGUGCCUUUCUGCAGUUUUUCAGGAGCGCAAGAUAGAUUUGGAAUAGGAAUAACCUUUAGUUCUUAAGAACCAACACUCUUAAAAGAUUUAGAGAAAAGUUUACAAACAUAAUCUAGUUUACGAAGAAAACUUGUGCUAGGAUACUUUUUAAAAAGUAUUUUUGAAUACCAUUAAAACUGCUUUUUUCCAACAAGUGUCUGACCAACUUGUUUCUGCUUCAAUAAAUCUUUGGAAAACUC